UCUCAUUCGUGUCUCCUGCCAAUCUCCCGCGCGAUGGCCUCGGCGCUGAGCUAUGUCUCCAAAAUCAAGUCCUUCGUGAUCUUGUUCUUCACCCCCAUCCUGCUGCUGCCACUCAUCAUUCUGAUGCCCGCCAAGUUUGUCAGGUGUGCCUACGUCAUCAUCCUCAUGGCCAUUUACUGGUGCACGGAUGUCAUCCCGGUGGCUGUCACCUCCCUCUUGCCUGUCUUGCUCUUUCCGCUCUUGCAGAUAUUGGACUCUAAGCAGGUGUGUGUCCAGUACAUGAAGGAUACCAACAUGCUGUUUCUGGGAAGCCUCAUAGUGGCUGUGGCCGUAGAGCGCUGGAAUCUACACAAGAGGAUCGCCCUGCGCACCCUACUCUGGAUAGGGGCCAAGCCUGCACGGCUGAUGCUGGGCUUUAUGAGCGUCACUGCCUUCCUGUCCAUGUGGAUCAGCAAUACAGCCACCACGGCCAUGAUGGUACCCAUUGUGGAAGCCAUGCUGCAGCAGAUGGAAGCCACAAGAGUAGCUACCAAGACCAAUCUGGAGGCACUGGAGCUAGUGGAUAAGGGCAAGGCCAGCGAGUUGCCAGGAAACCAAGGUAUUUUUGAUGGAUCUGCCAUGGAGAAGCAGGAGGACCAAUACAAGAAAAGCAUGUGCAAGGCCAUGAACCUGUGUGUGUGCUACGCAGCCAGCAUUGGGGGCACGGCCACCCUGACUGGGACCGGACCCAAUGUGGUGCUUCUGGGCCAGAUGCAAGAAUUGUUUCCUGGGAGUAAGGACCUCUUGAACUUUGCCUCUUGGUUUGGAUUUGCCUUCCCCAACAUGCUGAUAAUGUUGCUGCUUUCCUGGUUGUGGUUGCAGUGCAUUUAUCUGAGAUUCAGCUUUAAAAAUUCCUGCAGCUGUGGGGUAGAGAAGACUAAGGAGAAGGCCGCCUACAAGGUGCUGCGGGAGGAAUACCAGAAGCUGGGGCCUUUCUCCUUCGCGGAGACCAAUGUCCUGAUCUGCUUCCUCCUGCUCAUCAUCUUGUGGUUCUCCCGGGACCCCGGCUUCAUGCCCGGCUGGCUGUCGCUUGCCUGGAUGGAGGGUGAGAAAAAGUACAUCUCUGAUGCCACUGUGGCCAUCUUUGUGGCCAUCUUGCUUUUCAUUGUGCCUUCACAGAAGCCCAAGUUCAACUUCUGCAGCCAGACAGAGGAAGAAAGGGAAACUCCAUUUUAUCCCCCGGCACUGUUGGAUUGGAAGGUGACGCAGGAGAAGGUGCCAUGGGGCAUCGUGCUGCUACUGGGGGGCGGAUUUGCUCUGGCUAAAGGAUGUGAGGCCUCAGGACUCUCCGAGUGGAUGGGGAAGCAGAUGGAGCCCUUGCAAACAGUGCCUCCUGCAGCCAUCACCUUGAUCUUAUCCUUGCUUGUUGCUGUGUCCACGGAGUGUACAAGCAACGUGGCCACCACCACCCUGUUCCUGCCCAUCUUUGCCUCCAUGUCUCGUUCCAUCGGCCUCCACCCACUGUACGUCAUGCUCCCCUGCACCCUGAGUGCGUCAUUUGCCUUCAUGUUGCCCGUGGCCACCCCGCCUAAUGCCAUCGUGUUUGCCUAUGGACACCUCAAGGUUUCUGACAUGGUGAAAACAGGACUAAUGAUGAACUUGAUUGGAAUCUUGUGUGUGUUUUUGGCGGUCAACACCUGGGGACGGGCCCUAUUUGACUUGGAUCAUUUCCCUGACUGGGCUAAUGUGACACAUAUGGAGACUUAGGAAGAGCCACCAGACCAAGCCCACAGUCCCUUCCCUCCUGAGGAUUACAAAGCUUCUGGCAUGCCUUGCACAGAGCUUUGGGGAUCGUACCCCAAAGUGACCCAGAGAU